CCGUCCAAGACGUCGAGGAAGUGGCAUGUUACUGAAGAGGACGUUGAUUUAAAAUGAUCAUUAACUUUGGAAUUAUUGCAUUUAUCGAAAUGACUAGUUAGAGAUGUUUAUAUAAGAAGAACAUGUUUAUAGUCAGAAGGCAGUCUUUGCAUAUAAAGAACAUUAAUAAGUGAUUUACUCUAAUUUAGCAUACUGGCUGUACAGUUUGAAUGAUUCCUGUCUGUGUCAGGGAUUAAAAGCACUGCUAAUUUACAGUUGCACAAUUGUAUUUGACCAUUUUAAAGCUUUUAAGCGUUGGAAGAUGACUUCUGUUAGGCACUUAGUGUACAGUAGGUGGUUGUUUCACCUUAGUAAAUCACCAAGUGUAAACACAUCAGUUUCCUGGCAUGGCAGCCAGACUAGACUGUUCAGUACUACCAAAAUCUGCAUGACUAUCAUGCCUGCCUGGGUUAUUGAUAAAUAUGGGAGCAAUGAUGUGUUACGGUUCACUAAAAAUGCCAGUUUCCCCGUCAUCAACUACCCCAAUGAGGUCAUUGUCAAAGUGUUUGCAGCAGGACUGAACCCACUUGAUGUCAGCAUGAGAGGUGGCUAUGGUGCUGCAACACUGUCUAUGAAGAGAGACCCUCUGAAUAUCAAGCAGUCAGGCAGCGAGUUCCCUCUCAUCCUGGGAAGGGAUGUGUCUGGGGUUAUCAUGGAGUGCGGCCUGGAUGUGAAGUAUUUCAGAGAAAGGGAUGAGGUGUGGGCAGCUAUCCCACCAUGGAAGCAGGGCAGCUUGGCUGAGUUUGUGGUGCUGAGUGCCAAUGAGGUAUCCCACAAACCAAAGUCACUGAGCCACAAAGAGGCAGCAGCCAUUCCCUAUGUAGCAACCACUGCCUGGUCGGCGUUGGUCAACACCGGUGGGCUCAGUAAGGACAACUGUAACAAGAAGCGGAUUUUGAUCCUUGGAGGAUCCGGGGGAGUGGGAACAUUUGCUAUACAGAUGCUGAAGGCCUGGGGAGCCCAUGUGACUGUUACCUGCUCCCAGAAUGCAGAGAGGUUUGUAAGGGGCCUGGGGGCAGACCAUGUGGUGGACUACACUGCUGGACCUGUUGAGGAGCCACUCAGUACACUGGAGAAAUUUGACCUGAUCCUGGACAAUGUUGGGGGGGACACAGAGCGUUGGGCGCUGAAUCUGCUUAAGCCUUGGAGUGGUGCCAAAUAUGUCACCCUUGUAACACCGUUUCUCCAGAACACUGACAGGCUGGGCAUUGCUGAUGGCAUGAUACAGACAGCGGCCACAAUGGCCAUCAAGGCCGUUAAGCACCUAGUCAAAGGAGUUCACUACCGCUGGGGAUUCUUUGCACCUAGUGGUCCUGCAUUGGAUGAAAUAAGGGAAAUGGUGGAUGCAGGACAGAUCCAGGCCGUGGUGGAGGAGACCUUCAGCUUUUCCCAGGUUCCUCAUGCCUUCGAGAAGGUGGAGAAGGGUCACGCUCGAGGAAAGACUGUGGUCCAGAUCAACAAAGGGGGAGAAGACUUAUAGCACUUGUGUAUUUUUCAGCACAAUCAUGAAACAAACCAAAUGAAAAUAAUAUGAAGCUUAGCUUAUUGUACCCACAGCUGCAUAGAAAGUACAAGAACAAGAUUAUUACUGUUAUUGCAUUUGUGGGUUUUUUGUAACUUUACUGUAUGUUUGGUCGCUGAAAAUGUGUAUGUAAGCAUUACAGCUGAUGUUGUAUGCUUUAAAAUGUUUGGCAUUUUUAUAUUGGCUUAAAUAAACAAAUAAGCUGAUUCAAGUAAA